AUGACCACAGUAAGGACUGCUAUAGCUAUUGUUGCCCUUAGACAUUGGUCUGUGUACCAAAUGGGUGUACAUAAUGCUUUUCCCAAUGGUGAUCUUGCUGAGGAAGUUUAUAUGACUCUUCCUCAGGGAUUUGGUAGUCAGGGGGAGUCUGAAGAAGGCAUUCUAAUGUGUCAAAGGAAAUAUACUCUAGAGAUGAUAUCAGAAGCAGGAUUGUUAGGAGCAAAGCCUAAAUACACACCUAUGGAACAAAACCUGAAGCUAACAAGCACAGAAUAUGAUGAAUGUGUGCAGAGAACUGAUGCAGAUGAGCCAUUGAAGGACAGAAACAGCUUCCAGAGACUCAUUGGCAAGUUAUUAUACUUGACCAUCACUAGGCCAGACAUUGCAUAUGCAGUAUAA